AUGAGCUCCCCGCUGGACCUGAUUCGGCUUACGCUGGUCGAACUUGUCGAUGACAUGAAUGGGGACAAUCCUGACACGGUCGACAGUCAGGCAGCGGCUACCAAUAUCUGCAGCAUGGCCCUGUCGGAAUUGAAGGAAGAGGAAAUUGAUAUGGCCACAUCGCUCCUGUUCAACUCAGAAAGAGGGAUUUUGUACUUUCUGAGGAAAUCCCUUGACAAGGCCGUGCACGGAAACGCAAAGGUCAUCUUCCUUGAGUUUACUGCAGAGUUCAUUAGCCGCUCACCAAACUCCGUCACUCCGUACAUUGUGGAUAUCAAGAAAACAUGUCUAGGCUUGUUUCUGAACGACGGCAUGGCCAGGGUCAAGAAAGCCUCUAUUUUUCCCAUCAAAAUUCUACUCAAAUCCUGCAUCACGGACCCAGAGGCACUCGACAUUAGCGGGUUGUUUGAUAAAUUGUACGACGCAUACGGCACCCAGCAAUCAAAGAUGGCUUCCACAGUGAAAGCAGAGGUUCUAGAAGUACUUGGCCUCAUUGCUCGACAUUUCCCAACAGUUGCCGCUAAGAGGGUGCGGGAGACCGUAUUGAUGCGUUGGUGCCUGACAACAAUUCAGGAUCAACUGAAUCGGGGCAGCAAACAAGAAUUGACACUGAUGGCAGGGGCAGUUGUUGGACUGGAUAACUGUCUGUACAGCUUUUCGGACAAGGCUGCCAAGGACAUACCAACCAUCCUCCAGAUCAUCAAAACACUUGUCAAUGUGCCAGAGGAUCUCAGCCGAUUUGCGACACCCAUUGCGGCAUUGGACUUAUUCGCACAUCACAUUCAUCUUUUCCGGUCAAACCUGAUUGAUAUCUAUGAGUGGAUGUAUCAACGGGUAGCUAGUUACUGCGAGCACUCGCACGCCGGAAUGUCAAAGUGCGGAUAUAAUUCUCUGGAUGUGUUUUUGCAGGAAAUGGCAAAUGUGUUGACGACUUCGGAAACGACAGAGAAGGAGUACAACUGCUUCUUGUUCUUCACAGCAAACUUCACCCAGAUCAUCAGCACUGAAGUUGUUACAUCAACAGCACAAUACAAGGCUAUGUCUGUAGCAAUUCGAGGCUAUGGAUACUUUGCGGCACCAUGCAAACACAUCGCUCCUGACCAGCUUAAGAAUCUGCUCGCACAUCUUCUGCAAAAAAGCGCCUUCCUGAUUGCCUCGAAUACAAAUGAGGGGGUGGAUAGCUCGACAUCACAUCUUGCCGCGUUUAUCUCUGCGUAUUCAUUCGUUGCUCAGGUCUACGAUGAAAUCCCAGAGCUCUUGAUGGCGGCGUUGAACCAGAUGGCAAAUGCAGCGAUCAUCAACUUUACAAAAAUGUCGACCUACGCCCGCAUCGACUGCACAAUCGCUAUAGAAAAGCUCCUUGUCAUGCUGUUCCACAAGGGCGAGGGUAUCCUUAGAGGAUUUUUUGACAAGUUUUCGUACAAGUUGCUUGUAUUCACAUCCGCGGAUAUUUCCAAGCCUAUAGUAGGACCACCGAGAGGCGAUCGGCCCCUCAUUUCUGGGGACGUUAAUUGGCAUUCCUAUGCAGUCUACCUCUUCCUGUGGCGAAACCUGUUCAAGCCCAGGUCUCUCAGCAAGGAACUGGACAAGACUCCGGUUGGUAUCUCGGACGAGGACCUCGAAAGGUUUUUGCAUGUCAUCUAUGGGUCCAUUAUGGAGUCUUUCAGGCGGCUCGUCACACUUCUGAACCUUUCUGUGUCGGAUUCAGAAAUGGACAUUGAGGACGAACCAACGCCGCAGCUCAUUACGACUGAUAUGGACUCUGCAACAAGAUCCGCCAUGGGACCUGUAUCUGGCGAUAUCUCAAAAAUGCAGGCAAACUGUCAAAAGGACUUUAUUAUUUUCCAGAAUCUGACAGAAUUCUGGCAACUCUUCCUGCCCGAGAUUCGGCCCGAUCUUUUCGCACGCUGGACAUUUGUUGUCGGUAACACUUUAAUUGAGCUCUCAGCCAAGAAUCCGCUCGUAAGCGGUUUUCACAAAAUGUUUGCGACAUGUUUGCAGGUUUGUCAGUCGAUUUCUCUGUUCCAGCCAAAAGUCAAGUCCGAGAAGCAUACCAAGGUGGAAGAUGAGCCCGUGGACGCUCAACGAGCUGCUGUACUGUUCCAAAAAUACAUCCGCGAAGUCCUUGCCCGACUAGAACAAUACAAGGACGACCUGCUAGCAUCCUGUUUGCACCUGGUGCUAUCAAGUCCCGCAGCUCUGAUGGAUUCUGAAAGCAUCAUCGCUCCGAUCCAACUCGCUCUCAAACUUGGCCUGAGUUACUUCCCGCUUGCCUCUGUAGGACUAGAUGCUAUCGAACGAUGGAUCGAUAUUGUGGAACACGAACAUGAUGCAUGGUUCAGUCAGGUCCUACCAUGUCUGAAUGAAUAUUUGAUGGUACAAAUACCUGCCACUGGGGAUACUGAUGGAACGGAUGGACCCAGUCCAAAGUCCAAACAAAGGGUGCUUACGCGGAACGAUCAAUCAUACAAGGCAAUAGCCAGAAGUGCCGCCUUGCUGACAUCCUCCGAUCAAGUCCAAUCUCUGCGUAAUCUGCAGUUAAGGAUUUUAAGGCUGCUGGGACGGCAAGCUCGGUAUAACAAACUAAUUCUAAGCCAGAGAACGGUGCACGAUAGUGCCAAGAAGGAGUCGUCGGGCUUACUUGCAUGGGAUCCAGAGGCGCGAGUGAAGAUUAAGAUUCCGUUCCAAGAGAUGAAAACAGAGAUCCAGUUCGAUGAGAUGCUUCCAAGAAUCGUGGACCUUGCCGAGAACUCCUUGAAUCGGCAAAUCAAAGUUGCCAGCUGUGAGCUCCUUCACUCUCUUAUGAUCCUAAUGAUUGGAUCCAGCGCGAUCCGCGCACGCGAUGCGAAAGACCCAAAGAAGAGUCCAUUCCAUAAAAUCUUCCUCAAGUUGUUUCCUGCCUUGCUCCGCUUAGCAGUCGAUGUAGACCAAGUCCCUCGCUCGCUCUAUCGUCCAUUGGUGUCACAGCUGAUCCAUUGGUUGACCAAUAAUGCCCAGUACGAAAAUCCGGAGACGAUCGCACUCCUGAAUGCCUGUAUGGAUGCGGCAUGCGAUACACUUGGGCCUCUACGGGACUACGGAGCAGAGUGUCUGGGCGAGUUUGUUAAGUGGUCCAUCAAGCAAACUUCUGGAUCUUCUUCUUCCAGCUCGGUGAACGUGAAGUCGUUGUUGAAGCGAAUUUACAACCUCGCGUCCCAUUCGAAUCCUGCAAAGCGCCUGGGCGCAGCACUGAUUGUGAACCGUAUCUACAGGGUUUUCCGCGAGGAGGCACCUCUGGUGGAUCAAUUCACCAUGGAGCUCCUGUACUGGAUGCUCUUUAGUCUGCGGCUUGCUGAAGGCGAUCAUGCCGGUCUCGGCACGCGUCAGCAGGCAUCUCUUGCGAUCUCACAUCUUCAGCGCAUCAUACAGGUCAAGGCACAGCUGUUUAUCAAGGAUUCUAAAGAUCGGAGGCGAAUCCCUGGUCUAGAGGAUGCCACUCUGGAAAGUCUGGUCAACUGGCUGCUAAAGGAGACCUCACGACAGGAGGUGGAGUACACAAAGAUGUGUAGAGCACUUUUUGAUGCCUUUGCGAAGUUGUUGCCGGGCGCGCCAACACCUGGUGCGUGGAUUGGCUCCAAACUAUCCCAAGACCCCGUGUUCCUUUUUUCUAUCUACAAUGGAGCAGAUUUCGCAUCGGGGACAUUCUCUCAGCCAGACGCAUACCAAAGAUGGUGCUGCCAGCUUGCCUCCACGCUCUCGAACUACGUUUGGCUACUCAACCAUCCGGGCAGCUCUGAACUUUUAAUGACACAGCUGACGAAGGCCAGCAUUCUAGUUAUAUCAGCCAAAUUUGCUGACAAGUGCCUUCUCUUCACGCGCACUCUGGCGCGGAAUCAAGCAACCACGCCUCUGACAGCAUCCGAGCGGCGACAGAUCAUGGACCAGAACUUUGUCACAGCUCGAGGAGUAAUUUCAUUCGUCUCCUUGAUCAUUUCACGAGACUUGGAUCGGGGCAGUGGUGCUUUAGCUGCUCAGCUGAAGAACUCUGGGCUUUUUGGGCCAAAGUUCUUUGCAGUCUUUGCUGCGUGUCUAUUCAACCCCGAUAGCAUUGGAAAUGAUGAACUUCUGAAGAGCGAGGAGGAAACCAAAGCACUGAGGAGCGAGCUCGAGAGAGCCCUGAAGGCGUUCCAGCGACUUUCUGCUGAUCUUGUGCGCCCAUUUGGCGAGGCGCUUAUGGAGACCAUCUCUUCUGAGGACCUAAUCCCUUUAGCGGUCUCUCCUGAUAUUAAAGGACAAGAUCCCAUCAAGUGCAAAGCGGUUGUCAAUGGACUUGAAUUGGUGCAGCAGUGCGGUCUGCUGGAGGCCAUGUUUGAAGGCUCCUUCAGCAAGACCCAGCAGUAUGUGGCGUCACUGUAUGAGACGUUUAUGACCAUGCAGACAACCCAGGAUCCACUCUGGAUUAACUAUUGCAGCACGCUCCUGAGACUCUCUCUGGGCCAAAAUCAGUGCCGCCAACGCCUAUGGCAAUAUCUUCUCGACCCCGAGAAUGUGGAGCACGCUAAAAUGACUUAUUUGAAGUACGCGGACGAGAUUAAUCAGAGCCUUGCACUGAACUUUUUGGAGCUGACGCCGGAGUUGUCGCGGUCGGCGAAGAAAAGCCCUUUGAUGUUAAGCAUUUGGAACGAUUUCUUGGAAUACAUGUUCACGCACCCAAGGCUAAGCGAGGAGCGAAACGCGUUCCUGGAUAUGUUGACGAAAGAUUACUCCGUGCUGCAAAAAAUUGUGGAGUCUCUUGAAAAGGACCAAGUGUCGAUGACGAUCGCGAUCUGGAAACGGGUUGUGGCACUCAGUCCACGAAUCCUUCGCAUGUCAAAAUCGGACUCCUUUGUCGAGUACUUCUUCAAGGUCUUCCAGUCGUUUUUCGAGCGGGAUACAGAAACAAGGGAGUACUUGUCGCUGCCGGUCAUGUCCGAAGCGUUCCCAAUUCUGCCUAUCUUUCUAUCAUAUCCGGGCGCAAGAACAGCGGAGUUCGAGGUGGUGCUCAACAGGGCUAUCUUGAACUUGAUGCCCAUGUCUUCGUCCGAGUACGAACGUGGCAGUUCUAAGUUCAAGGACUAUAUUGCCGCCCUUGACCUGCUUUUGAAAGCCCUCGUGGCCUCAUCCAGCACCAAUCUUUUCAAGACCUUGAUGGGUAUUGCCAUCCGCGAGUCGAACCAUCCUCACAUGGAGCAGAUGCAGCAGUUUAUCUCUUCAUUUGCGCUGAAGCUGCCUCUCUCAAAAUUCUUGGAGAUCACCGGCUAUUGCUUUGAUGAGUUCAUCAAGCGCACGCACUCGGACGAACAUCGCCGGAAUAUCGUGCAUCAGAUUUUGCUCCCUAUCUUAAAGAUAAUGCCUCCCCUGAGUGUCUCUGAGUUUUAUGUGCUGUACAUCUCGCGCAUUAUGGGUGUCAUCAAACAAGAGCAGCCUCGCCUGAUGGACAUCGACCUUCGAAGAGACUUUAUCGAACGCGAAUGCUGUUAUGACCUCAUCCAUGUGUUAUAUAUGAGACUACCUGCUGAGUUCGUGAAUACCAAGGAGAGUAAGAUCGUGGACGCAUUUACGAAGGGAAAUAUGGUUACUGGAAAGGAGCUGACAGUUGACGUCUUCCGGACAGCCAACGCGGCGAAGUUUAAGCAGGAUACGAAUUCUAUGACGCCAGAGGCUGCAUCCCACAGGGUGGAUUUCAAGCGCGCAGCGUACAACGCGCUUGCGGCAGCGAUCUUAUGCACGCAGCGCAAGGAGGACUUCUUCCGGCAGUUCCUCUUCCGCGACAACGAAGCCAAAAAGGAGCUGGUUUGGGAGAAUAUCGUUGACCUCACGGCAUGCUAUCAUUUUGAGCAGAUUAUCUCCAGUCCUCUUGUAAGAUCUCGCUUGUCCGAUCUUCGCUCAAAGUCAUUGAAUCCGGAUAAGACAUACAACUCCAAAUACAAAUAUAUGUCGUCUCAAUAUCUGCGCGAUAGCAGUCUAUCCCAGAGCGUUGGGGUGCUUGAUGAUGAUGAUAUGUAUAUCGAUGCCGAGAGUGAGUUAGGUGAUUGGAAGGACAGCUUGUCGCUUGAACAAGAAUCUCUCCAGGAUGCGGGUGAGUCGAGCAAGAUCGCCGACGGCAAGAGUGACGACAGGCGUGAAAAUGAGCAUACACUUGAGCUGGACGCUAUCAACCGCAACCCAUGCAUGAAAAUGAUCUUGCUGAUCAUCAACGAGCUCCACACCGGUAUCACCCCUCCGCCAAGGGAGAUGGCCAGGGAGGAGAGCUCGAUGCCGUCUUGGAUGAGAGAUAUACAUAGGAAGCUGACGAACCCCAAUACCGCUCUGAACAUUCGGCUAUUCCUGGCUAAGGUUGUUGUCAACAUGCCGGAAGCAUUCGAGAUGUACGCACACUCUUGGAUUCGCCCUUUGAUGCGGCUUGCCAUGGAAGGCGAGUCCUAUGGCGAGGCCAUGAAUUAUUUUGUCCAAGACUUGUGUGUACUCGUAGUCGUUUGGGGUGAAUCGAUCAAAUUGGCGGACAAUUAUGACGAUCGCGUUCUGCUCCUCAACUUCAUGAGCUAUUUGAUGAAGAACUGUUAUCAUGAACAGCGGCAGUACUUAAUGAACAACAUCGAUCUGGUCAAGGGUGUGUUCGAGAAUUGGUCUAGCAUCGCCAUCGUGCCAACAAUGAUCAUAUACAACAACUUCAAGAAUUUCAAAGACCAGAAAAAGAACAUCACCGGGAUUCAACUUUUGGGUAUAGUUUUGACUCAUGAUAAUUCGCCGUUCUACAAAGGUCCUGAGAUCGAUUUGGGCAAAUUGACGGAGGGCGAGUAUUAUGACACCCUGGUCCGCAACAUGGGCAGCCCGCUCAAGCAGGUGUACACAUCUGCUGCUGAAGUGUGUGGGCUUAUAUUGGCAUACAUGAAGAGGCAUAAUUGUAUGGACAGCGACUUUCAAGACUUGGUUACAAAGCAGCUUUCUGAGCUUUUGAUAACAACAUCAGGGCCUGGUUCACGGUCAAAGAGCGGCACUGUGCCCUUUCUAAACAGUCUGCACAAGGUCCAACUGAAUUUCCCAGUGAUUACCGAUGCCUUUGGCCCAAGACUCAUGUUCCUUUUCCCGCAGCUGCUGGGUGAAGAGCGCACUUUGGCUCUAGAAAUUCUAGCUGGAAGAGCUGCCCACCUCCCUGAUCUCUUCCAAUCGCUGCAGGCUCUUAACUUCCUUGGUUGUCUCCGACAUAGAGACGAGGCGACUCAAUUUGCGGCUCUAUCAAUCAUUUACGCGCUGUGGGAUUCCAUGAAGCCGGAGCAAAUCCUUUAUUUCAUGGACACGAUCAUUUUGGAGUUUUCAUCUCACACCAGCAUCGAAUGCAGAAAAUUGUACUAUUCGAUUCUUAUGGUGCUGUUUGACAAACAUGUUGGCACUCCAACAGUAGCGAAUGUGCUGCGAACUCAGCUUUUGCGCGGACUCGGUGAUCCAAGUGAAUCCAUUCGACAUACUGUCGUAGAAUUCUGGUAUGGCAAGAACCGAUUACCAGCGAACGUUUUCCAGCGUUUGGGCGAGAUUGUGAAAAACAUGUAUGAUACAGAGGCUGAGGAUAAGUUCCUCAAUUACGCGACAUACAUGCUCCUGGAUCGAACGAAAAAAAGCUCUGACUACACGGAACCUAUCUUCUCAGAGCCCCUUCCGAACGCCAAAUUCAGCGAUGAUUAUGCCAACAUCGACACUUCCUGGAGACACACGGUGGCCAUGACCCCGCUAUUCGUCAACACUCAACAAAGCCAGUCGCAGACGGCACGGAACGACGGCACUUUGGGUGACGAUGAACUUCGCGCGACUCAAUCAACGUUCGAAUUCAGUAUGACGCUAGACGGAGGUGCCCCAGGGAUCAGGUCGCAGUUAGGCGGCAUAACAAAUUCGAGCUCUACUUUGAUGUUCAAGAGCCAAGAGCCUGCAGUCACUAUGUCCUCUCAAUCGUCGUCUUCACUCGAUGGCAACCAAAGGUAUCACCGUUUGCAGUACCGCCGCGUCCAACUUAGCGAAGUAGAUCAGUCGCAGCGCUAUAAGCGCGCGUACGAGUCCAAGGUGCAGAAUCGGAUGCUGGCCGCAGCAGACAAGGAGAUCGCGAAAGCAAAGAGCGUUUCCAUGAUCCGCAAGUACAGAGACGGCGACCUGCCCGACAUUCAGAUCCCAUAUUCGGAUAUCAUUCGGCCGCUGCAAAGCCUAGCAGAGAUGGACGUUGAGAUCUGCAGAAUGAUCUUUAGCAAAUUGGUGAUAAGUCUGAUGGCUCAAGUAGAAUCGCAUAUCGAAACGGAAGAGGGGGCCCUCGCAUACAAGGAAGGGCUUAUCAACAACUUUAAAGGCAUACUUCAGAAAUCGACAAUUCUUUAUACGCCUUUCAUCGGCAGCGUCCUUCGAAUUUGUCACGACUACGGCGAAGCAGAUAUCCCAGCGGGUCUGGUGGCAAAGGUCUCUGUUCGCAGCUCAAACCAGCAUCUCGGUAUUAUUUUGAUCGAAAAACAGAUCCAGCACUUUGAUUCCAGGGAACGAUCGGCGAAACGUCAGAAGACAAGUGAAUCCAGUAUCCACGACCCCAAGAGACGUAGCUGGAUCGAACUCGCGAGGAUCUACAAGUCUGUUGACGAGAAGGAUAUUUUCAAGAGCAUUUACGAGAGCAAAGUUGCCAUGACAGACUUCACUAGAGACGCGAUCGCAGCUGAAGUCGUUGGGGAUUACGAUCGUGCGGUGAGAGUCUACUUUGAUGGUAUCACCAAUCAUAUUACCAAUGGGAUGCACGUUGAUGGAGCAGAGCAGGACGUUUGGGCACAUGGGCGCCUCGAGUGUCUGGAGCACCUGGGUGACUGGGACUAUCUUGAGGCCAACAUGAUGUCGGAUCUGGAUAACGACUCACGAGAAGUGUGGACAGAGGAUUAUCAGAAUCCGUAUCUUCAUUACUUCCUCACUAGCUACAUCAAACUUUACGAGGGCAAGCGAGAGGAUGAGAUGCUGGAAAUCUGGACCACAGAGAAUCCCAAUCCACUCUUCCAGUUUAUUGACGAUGCCAUGAACAACCCAGCACACCGUCAAAUCCUUACGACUCAGUAUCAGCCAGAACUGGCUCUCACUGCAGUUAUCAGAAAGGACUUCAAGCAGGCGUCCUAUUAUCUCCGAAGAUCCUUUGACCGGUUUCUUUCUGUCUGGUCAAAUCUUCAUCCGCUCUCGGAAAAACCUCGAUUACACGAGUUGGCAAACCUGCAGCGGAUCGUAGAGUUGGAAGAGUUCUUGGACUGCGUAGAUGCAGCACUUUGUAGUUCUAAUACGGAUCCAUUGGAGCCAUUGCUUUCAAAGUGGGACCGCCGGUUCCCUGGCGUAUCCACAGAUACAAUGAUCACAUGGAGGAAUGUCCUCGAUGAUCGAAAACUCAUGAUCCAGCGCCUGGAGGACCAUCUUUCUUACUCAAAAAGACAUGAAAAAGUGGUCUCGAACCACCGCAUCCACGGCUUUAUACAGAUGUCAUCAGCUGCUCGUAAUCAAGGAAACUUUUUCGUUGCCAAUACCUGUAUUGCAUCCAUGCGAGUGUUGAAGGCCCCUUCAUACGACAUCUACAGCAGUGAACUGAGGUUGGCGCUGGCCAAAGCAAUGGCGAAAAUGGACCGUAACGGCAAAGCUGACAUCCUGAUGGACGCUUUGUCAAAGUUUGAGAGGCACAUUGAAAACGACCGUGAGUUCGACCAAGUGCAAAUUGUCGGACUAAAUUUACUUGGCAGCAAAGCUUAUGGUCACUUGCGCGAUCUUCUUGUGGACGAUCGCGUGGUUUACGACCACCUCAAAUCGAACAGUUGGGUUCGUGGCGUCCUUCAGUCCAAGGGUAAUGAGGCUAGCCUCGUACAGGAGCUCCAGCAGCGUGGUUUUGAAUGUCUACGCUCAGCUUCAAAUCUCGAGACCGGUGAAAAUAUGGUCAAGAAACUUCGCUUAACAACAGCCAGAUACUGCGACAAAAUCUUAAGACACCGUGAGAACAAAGAGAGCGAUAAGGAUAAAGAGCCUACCUUGAGCACCAAGGAUCUGGCAGUCUAUGCUAAUCUUGUCAUCAAGAAUACCCUGUUGUCCAUGCGGGACGAGGAGACUGGCGCAACAGAGCUCUUCCCUCGGCUGCUUCAAAUCAUUGAGAUAUAUCCGUCCAGCCAAAAAAUAUUCAUGGAGCUGGUGUCAGAUUUCCCAGGCUCCUGGGGCUUUGUUCGAUGGAUCCAGCAGAUGGUAGCUGUGCUUGAUAAACCAAUCGGUGCUUGCGUGAUGCCCAUCCUCACUUCGAUCGCUCAACAAUACCCCAAUGCCUUGUACUAUCCGCUGACAAUAAGUGCCGAAAACUACGCCUUUGAGAAGAGUCCGUCUGGCGAGAAGCGCAAGUCUGAUGUUGCCGUGCUCAAAAGAACCAUUUACUCGCCGCUGAAGGAGGAUUUUAUUUUUGAGCUGAGACGUCUCACCAAUCCCGAUCAUCUCCUUAAAGACUGGCUGGAACAAACAGUGGCACUAUUUCAAAGCAAGACAAGGAAUGCUGAGCAGAUUAUGGCUGUAUUCCAGGACUUGUAUCGCUUGGUUUUGGACGUCAAUAACCCUCGCCUGGGAUCAAUCGCCAAAGCCUUUGCUGCCAAGUUUGGCUCGAAAUUGGAGAGUAUUUGCGGCAAGACGGGUCAAAAAUUGACUACUAUGAGCAAUCGAGAUUUCAACAACAACGUUCUGAAGUUUUGCCGCAGCGAGAUUCUCGGGAAGGAAAUCCCCAAGAAGCAGGGCGAUGCUGAGCUCUUGAAAUCUUACUCACCUUGGAUGCAUUCCUUCCAAGCUUCAGAUCACAAAGGAGCCAUCGAUAUUCCUGGACAGUUCACGGGUUUGACUUCUCCUCAUGGCCAGCAAACAGCAACGAUUGUACGAUUUGAUCAAAGGGUCCUUGUAAUGAGUUCUAUUCGUAAGCCAAAGAGGAUUUGUAUUCUCGGCAGCGAUGAAAAGGAACAUCUUUUCCUCGUCAAGGGAGGAGAAGAUCUUCGUCUUGAUCAACGUAUUCAGCAACUAUUCAGUCUCAUGAACGAUAUCAUGCGUAAGGAUCCGCAGUGCUCGCAGCAGAACAUCAGCAUUGGAACAUACAAGGUCAUCCCGAUGUCUGGCUCUCUUGGUAUUCUAGAGUGGGUGGAUAACACCAAGCCAUUGCGACACUGCAUCGAAGGCGAGAUUGCGCACAAAGAGACGUGGAGGAGGACUCAGGAGCAGUACAGCAAAUUUGUUGCGUCCUUCAAAGGAGAAAUGAUGGGAUACCACAACUUAUUCACGCAAGCGAGUCGGGAAAAGGUGGUCAAGCACAUGGAGAGUCUCUAUAGCCAUUUUCGGGAGGAUUAUCUUCGACAAUCGAUCACCAGACUUGCUGCCUCUCCCGAGGCGUUCCUUAUGCUCAGAUCUGAGUUCGCGAAGAGUUUGGCAGCCAUCAACGUCUGCUCGUACAUUCUUGGAAUCGGCGAUCGUCACUUGGAGAACUUCUUGCUAGAUAUGUCAAAUGGUUGCCUGAUCCCCAUCGAUUUCGGUCAUGCGUUUGGAUCGGCAACGGAGGUACUACCCGUGCCAGAGUUGGCCCCCUUCCGUCUGACAAGACAGCUGGAAGCGUUCCUGAAUCCAUUGGGCACAAAAGGACUGCUUGAGCAUCCUAUGGUGUGUAUUAUGAAAUCCCUGCAAGCGAAGAAGGAAGUCAUUAUCAACACCAUGGAUGUCUUUGUCAAGGAGCCAUUGCUGGACUGGAGGAAGUUUGCGAUCAACCAGGCAAAGGAGCUGAAAAAACAAGGUGCGGAUAUGGACUCGUUUGAGAUUGACGAGGAUAGCACGGCUCCACCGGCAUGGUAUCUACAGCAGAAGAUGGACAUUGCUCUUAAGAAAUUGGAGGGCUACAACCCGACCCAUCUGACAGUGAUGGAGCUGAAUAUGGGCCACGCAAACAAGCCGUUCCUAUCGGCGUUGACCAAGAUUGCCCUGGGAGACAAACAGCACAAUAUCCGAGCAAGACAGGGCAAAGUUUGCACGAGUGUUCAGGCACAAGUCGAGUGCCUAAUCGAUAUGGCCACCGAUCUAGACAUCCUCGGACGUGCCUGGCUCGACGCCUGGAAGUCAUCAGGAACAAGCACAGGACACCUCUUCACUUCUGUCUGGACAGUGGCCUCCCCUACCGCCAAUACUGCUGCCGCGACCGCCACCCCGGCAACCACAACCACAGCCACAGCCACAACCACAAUCGCCAUACCUUCAGCAGCAAAGUCGUCCUUACCAAGGACAUACUUUGUAGAACGCACGAAAUCAGGACAGCUCCCCGUGUAUUCUGAGUUUAAGAACGCUGGUUCCCGUCCCUUGACCAUCAUUCGCAAAAUCCAGGGCAACGCAACAGCAUUGAAGACGGAUAUCUUGGCGACUUAUCCAGAAGCAGAGGUCCGCGUUAACGAGCGUAGCAACCAGGUCAUCUUGAAGGGAAUGGUCAUGGAUGAUGUUCGUCAAUGGCUCACCGUCAAGGGAUUUUAG